AUGCUCCAAGGGCUGGACCCUCUCGCGCGACAACGCAUCAUGCGAAGGCAUCGGCAGAAGCGCGAAGGUGUACCGGACUGGAUCCCUACCGGCAAGAACAAGCAUACUUUCUCGAGCAACACAAAACCGUUUACUACCUUUGAACCUAGUCCUUCAGAUACCAGUGUCUCACCUAGCAAUAGCGGAGAAAAUAGCAGCAAGGCAAGCGCAACCCCCACCACAUUAAGAGGCUCGAAUGCUCACGCCACGGCAACAUCCACGAUACCAAAUGCGUCUUCGACAGCCAGGCUCAAUGGCUCAUCGAAUGCUCACGCCGACGAUGGAAAACCAAUCAGUAACGGCGCAAUUGCAGGUAUUGUCGUCGGUGGAUUCUUCGGCCUACUGUUUUUGUGCUUGAUAGCAUAUUGGCUCUUGCGGAAGUGCCGGCCUCGCUCGACAAAGGCUGUAGCGCGAGCCAAAAACUCGACGCCCGCUCAUCAAAAACAACAACCGCAGCCACAGUCACCACCGCAGCAUCCGCCGUUCGUCACCCAUGAAUACUACGGAUCACAGCCCGUAUCCUACGAGCCAAAUGCAUUGUACAAUGUCGAAUACCAGUAUGAUGAAUUCGGCCAUCCCGUGUACAUUUCGGACCACCAACAAGCGCAGCGUGAGCCACGACUUGCCGAACAAAGCCAAGGUCACCAGGGUCAACAAGCAGCGGCAGCAGUAGCGGGCAUUCAUUCAGGUAAUAAAAACAACAUGCGUGUCGAUGGCUCGCAGGGGAAGACGAUGACGACGAAAAAACACUCACCACGCCGCCGUCCUGUCCCUGACAUUUCCACUGAGAUGGACAACUCAAACUUGGAACAUGACACUAGCUUCCCGAGCUCUAACGACUCGUCUGAGUUCAAGGAUGCUCCUGAGGACUCGAUGCAGGAAACUGUUCCUGUACGUCAUCAACACCAUGAGCGCCACCGGCCUCGAGAACAUCGCGAACGAAAGCAGCACCAGAAACAUACCCGACGCGCACAUUACUAUGAAGAAGCCUUUGAAGAAGAUGAGAUUUCGCCUUCGAGACGUACACGGAUGAGAUAUGCGCAAGCCCAAGCUAAAAGGUCCGACAUUGAUCCUGCGCUGGUCGCAGAAUUGUAA